GGUGGCGACAGCCCUGCCGCCGCCUGCGCCGCCCCUGCCGCCGCCCGAGUGCGGCGUGUGCCCGGCUGUCGAGGGCCUCGCCGAGGGCCUGCGCGAGGCCAUGCUGAGCCACGUGCUGCUCGCGCUGACAGCCCCGAUCUGGGAUCGGGAGGUGCUGCUCCCGCUGCCAACGUGGGCGGGGGCCCGUGAGGCAUUGCUUUGGCGCGCGGGCGCUGGACAAGCCGGCCCCGCCCCCCGCGGAGGAGGCGCGGUGCGAUGACCUGCCCUGCGGGGCGCGCUGCCCGGCGAGCCGUUCAGGUUACGACAUGGGCCACGAGCGCGUCGUGGUGCCCUCCCUCGCUGAGUUCGGCAUGCGGCGCGGUGAAGGGCCGCGCCCUCUACUGGGUCGUCUCGCCAGAUGGCGACGUGUGGGAGGAGCUGCUGUCCGGGGCCUCGUCCGGGGACUGGCCGUCGGGGGGAGACCGACUCCCUGACAACGACAGCGCGCCGACAGACGGCAGGAAAUUCUACAGCGCCCGCUCGCGCCCAGGCCUUUCGGAGCUGGUGCAGAUGGCCUCCCGCUGCCGCGAGGCGAUUGGGCGACGUGGGCAGGUGUCCGCCGACGGACCCUUCCAAGUCGAGCUGCUUCAGGGGCGGCUGGUGAACGCCAGCAACGUCUUCCCGUCGGCUCCUCCGCCGCCCGCGGGUCCGCGCCACCGCCUGACCAUGAAGCAACAUGUUUCAGCUGGCGACGGCGCCGCGGAAGCCGCCGCCGUGGACGGCAGCAUUCCUACGCCGCCUGCUGCCGGCCGCGUGCGGAUGCUGGCGGAGCCCCUGGCUGGUAUGGAGGUCGGCGCCGUCGUGGACGUCGCGGGUCAGGUUCUCUUUGGCUCUGGGAUCGACGCGCUUUGGAUCCAUCGCGGCCGAGCCGUGCGCCCCGAGUAGAUGGACGCUGACGACGUGCCAGGCUGGGCCUGUGGGCCUCGAGACGACUGGCCGAGUUGCGCGACUCUCUCAAGCUGCCGGUUCCCUCGGCGUCGCGGCGGAUGCUCCUUCCACUGCCGAGGCGGUCGCGGGCAGCACACCGGUACCUGAUGAAUUUGGCG